AGUCGCCGUCGCCGCCGCAACCGCAAAACCCGUAGUCGUGAGUCGUCGUUCCGUGUAUGUUCCGCGCGCUCGUCGCACACAACGCGUCCGUCGUGCGCCGCCGUGAAUCGUUAUUGUCGGUGGUUCCUUUUUAUUUUUCAUUUCUUCGUCACUCUCUCUCUCUCUCUCUCUCUCUCUUUCUCUCUCUCAUACACGCACUAUCUCACUCGUUGCCGCCUUUAAAGCAGUCGUAGUGUAGCACUGGUUGAAAUCGUUUACGCGAUGCGGUAUUGUUGAAAAAAAAAAAAAAACAACAUCGUACGGACGAAAACGAUAUAAAAAAUAAAAAUAAUACUUCGAAACGCCGUUGGACUACGUUCGUAGUAAGCGUACGAUUUCAGUAAAAAAAAAAAAAAAAAAAAACAUCCACCCGAGUGCGCUCGUAAGAUGUGCUCCUGCGGUUAACGGCCAGCGGUACGCGCUCGUUUCCCGCCGUCGUCGAUGCCGACCAUUUUUUUAUUUCUAGGUUAUGUUCUAUGAUAACCAAUUGCCCGAACAGUGAUAAUACAAUAAUAAUAAUAAUAAUAAUAAUAGUAAUAAUAUUAAACGCAACCGACGGACCUGCGGAACGGCCGCUUCCGCCGCCGCCGCUGACAAGUACGAAUCAAAUGCGUUAUUGUCGAAUCGACCAGUAAGUAAAAUAGCCGUGGCGUGCGCUGUUUGUACGCUCGUUUUUCCGAUCGCAUUUUUACGGUAAAAAAAAAAAAAAAAAUAAUAUUAUUUAUACUUUUCUUCAAUAUUGCGCACCCUCCGUCCUCACCCCGCUGAUAUACGACGUUUAUUGUUAUUUUUUUCUUUCUUCUUUCUAAAAACCGGUAUACCUAACACCAGGCACCCGACUACCGAUUCCGUUCGGUGUUUUUUUUUUUUUUGUUCACGACGAGAACUUUUCUCCGCGGGGUUUAUUUUUUUUUCGUCGCGAUCAAAUUAUUCGAAACUGCCGUUCGAUCAAAUUAUUCGAAACUGCCGUUGAUCACGCGCACGCGAAACGCGUCGAAUCGCCGCGAUUAAAGAAAAAAAAAAAAAAAUAUCGUUUUUUAAUAUAUUUUUUCCUUCUGUUUGUGUGUUUUUAGGUGUUCGGUAUAAAAAUAAUAUAUCCCGCGCCGAUGUGAUUGUUUUCGUCGGGGUCUUCGCCGCGCCGACGAUGUCAACCCGGACGCUGUUUCUGACGACGGGUAAGUGCCACGCGAACCGCACCAUCGCGUGCGCGCGUGUACGCGAAUAACAAUAACAAUAACACCGUCGACACAACAGCAACGACGACGACGACAACAACAAUAAUAUUAUAACACGGGGCCUAUAUGCGCGCAAUCGCAUUAUGCCCGCCGCCUAAUAAUGUCGAGAAACUGGUCUCCGCCGAGCGGUAUAUAAUAAAAAAAAAAAAAAAAAAUGGUAAACGGCGGGCGCGUUCGCGCGUUAUCGGGUCCGCGCAGGGGCCCUGCGAAUACAGUGGUACGUUAGCGGCCAUCCAUUCGCCAAACGUCCCGCUCGCGAUGGUAACAAUUUAUUGCAUCGCUGUUGCCGUCGGUCGUAUUUUCGUCGUACCGUGGUUAUAGCGCCGGCGGCGGUGUCCGUCGAUCCGGCGUAAAAAUAACGCGGCCGGGUGUCUACCCGGAAUCGCGACGACGUCCGUUUUAUGCUCGUGUCUGCCGUUCGCCGAUACUCGUCGUCGAUUUCGAUACGUUGUCAACAAAACCGGUAAAUCGCGAUCGCCGAAUACGAACGCGUACUGUCGACAAUAAUAGCGCAGCCGUCCGCAGAUCGAUUUCGAAAAAUUGUGACUAGCUUAUGCCCCCGGCGGGAAACGCGUGAUUUUGUUUUUUCAGUAAAACUCAAUGAAAAUCGUCGCGGCGCGUACAGGCCCGAAAUAAUGUAGAAAAAAAACAAAAAAAAAAUCCGCGAGCGUUCUUCCGCGGGUACUCCGGGCGGCCGGCGACGCGCGCGCGGCAAUCUUGACCGUGACAUUUUAAUAGAAAAAAAAAAGGAGAGACGCCGCCGGAGGCCGCGGCGCGACGUACGGUAUAGCGUUUAGAAGAGGAGGUGAGAGAGUGAGAGAGCCGCCGCGAUGUUCGAUUUAUAAUAUCGUAAUAAUCCGGACCGAUAAUUAUUAUUAAUAUUUUAUAAUGCCGAUGCCGCAUACGUACGUAGAAAUUAUUAUUACGUAAUUCCGAAAAAUGCGCAAGAGUCCGCGUUCGCUCGGACGGCCGCCGUUAACCUCUGUUAUAAAUUAUUAUUAUUGUAGUUAUACGCGGUGUAUGUGUGUGCGCGCGCGUGUGUUCUUCCCGACGAGUCGUUUUAUUAGUAAUUAUUAUUAACACAAACGCACUCGCGCGCGCUGCGUGCACACACACAUACACACACACACACACGUAGUGUGCCGAUAGUAAAAAUUCGGGCACGUUUCCGAAGGUCAACAUGUGUGUGUGAGUGUGUGUGUAUGUGUGUGUGUGUGUGUGUGCGUGUGUGACACUCUGUGACCGGCGGCGGUGUUUUCGAGCAACACGAAAACAACGGCUUUCGAGGGGCGCGCCUCAUAUAUGUGCUUUUUUAUUUUUUUUUCCGUACUACCGGCGGUCGAAUUCGAAAGGGAUGAGAACGUCUGGUGGUACCGGGUACCUCGAUACCGCGUCUCAACACUUCCCGUCCCCCACGAUGUAAUUUAUCCGCGAUCGUUUUACGUUAAAUUCCUCACCCCUCCACCGGCCACGUAGUCUUCCGUUUUUUCUUUUGCUUUUUUUUUAAAUUUCUCGAAUUUGAGCAGUACACGCUGUUGUUGUUGUUGUUGAAUAAGUACCCCGAAUACGUUCGUCGGAGGACUGCGUUCGGAAAUUUGGAGUAGAAUCGAAUCUCGCGGAGUUUAAUACGAUAUGAGAUUAUGGCCGUCCGUCUUGCUCGCGAGAACCGAGCGAUUAUCACGUACGCCACUUGUCACUAGGGCUCGGAAGUUGCAGAAAUUUCAUGUUUUUCUGUAUGCACCGAAUUUAUAGCUGACUAAGUUAGAAAUACUUUCUAUACGAUAGAGAGUUUGAAAAUUGACCAUUUGAAAUGCAUAUUUUGCAUAUUUCGUCGAUUUUCAUUAAUAUUUGCAUAUUCUUACGCAUAUUUAAUAUUUUCUAAAAAAUAUUACUUCUUUUUCUUUGUUAAUCAGUUUAUUUUAAAUAAUAUUAAAUUUAAAACUCAAUAUUAUUUAACGCAUUUAUUCACUAUUAUUUCUUACUGUCUCAGUCUAUUAUUUAUUUAACGACAACGGCGCGAUUCGUAUUUAAUUUUUAUCUUAGUUCCGCAUACUAAUAACGACAUUAUAUGUUUGAAUAAUAAACUGAAUAAUUUUUUGAAUAUUUAAAAUUUGUUCGUGCAUAUUUGCAUACAUAUUUUGCCUUUUUUUAGCUCCUAUAACUUCCGAGCCCCAUUUGUCACUCACUUCGGUAGAGUUCAAAUAACCUGUAGCUAUUUUCCGUGGGGGGGGGGUUACAUGAGAAUUUACUCGGCGUAAUAGAACAGGUGCGGGUUUUUGCCGUUUAUAGAGUAGUAGCUCUGUAGUUUUUUUCAAACGGCCCACAGUUAAAAGAGUUGAAAGACCCAAGAAAAAUAAUUAUUCGCCUGCGAUAACAUUUUUACCCUCUUUCUAACGUGCGGUACUGUGGCGAUAAAUGCGUACACGGUUCUAAAUUGACUUACAAAAAUGUUUUACCCGGGUUUAAGUCGUCGACAUUCGCAUUUAUGCUUUCGCGGAGGAAGGGCUGGGUUUUUUAAUAUUUCUGAUUUCCGGACAAUCUUUUCAUACUCGAACGUCUGAAUGUAAAACUUUACAGUGAAAAUACGAAAGAAAAAAAACCCUCAACGAAAUCAUAGUUUAAAUCACGUAUUCAUUAUGCAGUUUGAAGACGAGAACAUUUUGAAGACUAAAUUUUCAAUUCGUUUUUGAAGGUACACAAGAAAUCGUAUUUAAUUUUUUUUUUAUAAGAAACAGCAACUUUUUUGAUAACUAAUAUAAAAAACGUUGAUUUAUCUGAUAUUAUAUAAAAACGUUUUUGAAUUAUUUUCCGUUAAUUUUACCUUUUACGCGAACAUGUUUUUGCUAUAUUAUCAUUGUGAAUGUGUUUUACUGUGACGUCCCUAACAAUACUUCCGAGGCCUAGCAAGCAUGCAGUUUUCAACAGGAGGGAAAAAAUAGUAGUGAUAAAUAAAGUUCCUGUUCUUCCUUUCCUUUCCUUUUUUUUUUUUACCCAACUCGACGAUGGGAAUUUAAAAACCGGAUCCAAAAAAAAUAAUAACUCAUUUUUAUUCGAUAAAUCAAAAAUUUCCAUGUAGGUAUAACUUACCCCAAAUAUAUUCCUAUCGAAAUUAAAUUACCAAAUAAAUACUCAUACAGUUGAUGUAUUUAAAAACCAAUGAGGGGGGAUAUGAUCCCUAAACUCCCUCCUCCCGAGCCGUUGUAAUACUUAUUUAGUACUCGUAUUUACUAUACUGUAAUGUACUGUAAUUAACUUAAUGCGUUGAUUCGCUACUACGACUACUACCACUACUAUCACUACUACAACCACUACCACUUCUACUACUACUACAACUAUUACCAUCGCCACCACAACAAGUGGGUAUCAAUAUUUUUCGAACGAGGUCGCGAACGGUUCGCAAAUCGGUGAUAACAAUACCUGCACCGGUGUGCACGUAGGACCCCGGGAUACGUUUUAUUAUAUUAUUAUAUUUACAGAGGCCCGAAUUUUAUAGAAAUACAAUUUUAUGAAAUUUGUGUUAAAAUAUGCAAUACGAAACAGAAAAAAAAAUGGAUUUAUUUAUACCACUGAUUAUUUUUAUUUAUUUAAUCGAUUGACAGGCCACUACGCCGGAUUAUAUAAAAAACGAUCUUAAAUUUUUCUCCUAUUUCCAUACGAUUUAAAUAGAAUUUAUGAAAACCUUAAAAUUAUUCGUACUUAAUGUAUAACGUGUAUGUGCAUGUGUAUGUUAAUAUAGUAAAAAGUAACACCAGAAAUCUAAAACGCUUCAUUUAUGCUGAACAAAUAAAAAAUUGUAUAUUUGGCAUCAUAGAUGCAAAACUGAUGUAAAAAACUAAUGAUAAUAAAACUGACGUAUAAAAAUAAUUUAUAGCUCACUUUGCUAUUUUGUUCUGUAGCUCCUGUACCACAAAAUCUGAGUCCAAAACAUCAAAUAAAAUAUAAUAAGUUAUUAUUCACACAGUAGACGAGUGUUUGACUUUUUAAUUCUAAGAUAUGAUUUUCUUAAAAAAAAAAAUCGUCAUAAGCUGCAUUAUUGUCCUAUGCGUUUUUUUUUUAUUUUUUUUAUAAUCGCCAAUGCAAAGAAUGCAUCUUACGUUACUACUGUUGCUCGUAAUAUGCUACAUAUUGAUUUUUAUAAUAUAGUUUUCUUAUGCAACUUUUUUUUUUCAACAAACAAAUAUUAUUAAAUAUAUUUGCUGGAGAUAACAUAAAAAAAUAAACGACAAUAUGUGUUUAAUAACGCGCUUGUAUUAUUAUAUUUUACGAAAUCCUUCAAAAAAGACUGAUAUUGAUGAUUGGAUGUGCCAUUGUUUUGGAAAUCAAGUUGGACGAGGGUAUAUGCCAUAGAGUAAUAUAGAGUUAUAUUUGUACGCCAUUAAAAACCAUUGGUAUCGAAAAACGAUUCUGAGCAGAGUAUUUAUAAGUCGUAUUUUUCCCUUUGUUAUCAAGAUAACCAAAAAAUCAGCAUAAUAUGUAACAUAUGUAAACAUGUUUCCAUUUACUAAGAAAACUACAAAGAAAUUCCAAAAAAUAACCACCCCUGUGUACCAACUAGAUCAAAAAUUCUACAAUCAUAUAAGGUUUUUGGUUGAAGCAAUAUUUCUGGUAGAAUAGUUCUUUACACGCAAACGAAAAAAAUUCCGUCAUAAUUAAACCAAUAUAUUCUACCUAGCUACGCUCAUUAUCUAAAAAACAAAAAUCACCGUUAUUAGAUUACGACUCCAUGGGGUAAUUUAAAAUAAAAUAUUUAAAAAAUGUAAACAAUUUUUUUUCCGUCGGAACGUUUUCGACGAUGGUGACUAUGACUCUGACCGCGACGUAGAGAGCAAAAUAUACAAUCACUCGCAAUGUGCUCCCCGGUAAGAGCAAUAUACAAUUACCGAGUAAUUUAUUUAUUCGUUUUUUUUUUUAACGGGUCAACCAAAGGGUAUCUCUUGAUUUUUAGUACAGAGUUCGGUUCGAAAAAUUUGCCUUCGGUCCGCCUACCUUCUCCUACCGUCCCCGCCCUGUAUAUUUACCGAAUUAAUUUUAAUAGAUUCGAUAAUAAUAUUAUAUUACCUACUUAUAUUUUACACGUUUAAAUUGUAUUAACCGUACACAAAUUCUCGGAUAAAACAAUUUGUACCUACCUAUAUAAUAUAAGCAAUAGACCAGCGUCUCCCGAAAAACGAUAAUAUUAAUAAAUAAGUAGGUAUACAGAAUGAUCAAUAUAACGUUACAAGACAUUCGUGUACUCGGAGAGUAUUUACUUUUUUUCGAAAUGCUUAUUUUUUUCUUUUUAAAUUAUCGAAACGUUAUGUAUCACAGUCAUUUGUUAUCACCCUUAUUUUCGGAAGGUUGAAACUAGAUAUGUUUCGGGGUAUAUUCGGCCAGCAAUUGCUAACCGGGUACCCGAUAUCAUAUUCAGCUGUACCCGACGACUACUCGUUACACGAUAGUAUUAUUAAAUAUUUACUCGACCGUACCCGGUUCAUCACUGUCUAAAGCUCACUUUCCACGUGUUAAUGUAAAAAAAAACAAAUAUGUACCCACAAUCGACCAAACGGAAAAAGAUUUUAUAUUGCAUGAUCGCGCUGUGGUAUAAAUUGGAAAUAAAUUAUAUUUAUGUGUAUAUUGUUUGCUAUUUAAUAUUUAUAUUUAUUUAUUUUAUUGAACGUUUACUUAGUAACUACUGGCUUGUGGCUAGGUGGCUUAGUUAUUAGCUUUUAGUAGAUACUCAGUAAUCAUUUUCAUUAGUCUUAUAUAUGUUAUCUUACCUUAAUACUUGACCGGUGAUUAGUACCCAAGACUUGCAGAUUUCGAUAGAUAUUAUUACUCGGUACUAAGUCUAUGUAAAUUAUUACUUGAUUGUACCCGAAUAAAUAGGUUUUAACUGAUAUUAUUACCCGUCCAAUUAAUAAAUAAUGUACCCGUAACACUUCUAGUUGACACCGCUACUCUACACUUUCGAUUUUCAAAUAGCUACGUAGCUAUUACGUAGUAUUACGAACUUCAUAAAUAUACGAACUUUGUAACGUGGUCGGGGGACCAAUAUUGCGAUAUAAUAACUUGUCCAGAGAAGGUUUUCUGAGUCCUCUAGAUAAAAUUCUCGUAACUGGACGUGAACAUCGCAUAUAAGGUAUUUAUCAACUAUGGAGAAUUAGGAAAACUUGUUUGGUUUGUAUCUCUGAUAUUAUAUUUUAAUAAACGCGUUGGUUGUCUGUACCUUUGAGUUGGCUGUUUAUGGCUUAUUCGUGAUGGUAGCCGACGAAUUCUCCCUCCCGCCCCCGUUUGUAUUUAGUCUGGCUCGUCCACUAUAGUUUGGCCCAAGUAGAGAAGUGACCACACCACACAUAGUGUAUACUGUAUAUAAUAUAUAUCUAUUAUGUGCCGAAUAUUACAGAAGUUUUAGUUUAGAGUGUAUAGUAGAGCUGCACAAAUGACGCUCCACUCUGUAUGUACUUAUUAUUGGAAACGAAAUUUAUUAUAAAUACAAAUAGAUAUUAUACCGUUAGGUUAGAGGUGCCGGGAAACAAACUGUAAUUGUAAGUAAUUGCAGUCGAAAAAAAGGGCUGAUAAUACUCUGCUGAUGGGUGUACCACUGUUAUUGGUGGAAAGUCGGGAAGGUAGGAUGCAGACAGUAAUUUAAUUUAUAUCUGUACGAAUCGAUAAAUCACCGCUAAUGAAGCACGAUUCUGAGCGAAACUAGGUUAAAAUUGUAAAAUUUCGUAAUUUGUACGAUUAUCGUAAAUUUAAUUAUGUACAUUUAAUGUACCUUCCUAAUUUUCUUUGGUCGGCACCAGCAGCGCCGCCCGAAUGACCUCUUUAUACCACUACCUCAACCAGCGUUACAUUAUCGCGCCACAUUACGAUAAAAGCCUUAACCAAAUAAUUACGGCAAAAAUCGAAAAUAAUGAAACCUUUACAUUUUGCCGUUUUCCCCCGUUGUUAGAUAAAAUUACAAGCGUGAGAAGAAAUGUCCUAUGGUGUGUCUUUUUUUUUAUAAUUUCUUUUUAUGCGUAGUGUUUUAUUUUUAUUUUUAUAAGCAUUUUAAAAUCAAAUGUUGAUGAAAAUUUUUAAAAAAUACGGCAUUUCAAGAUGUGUCCAGUCGAACUUCGCUCAGAACCGUUUUUUCCAGCAAUGAUUUAUCGUUGCGUUCGAAUAUUAUUAUUAUUUAUUACUAUCGGAUAUUAUUAUUUAAUAUUAUUAAUAAACAUAUUUAGAAAUAUAAAUUAACUAAAAUAAAUAUGUAACUUUAUGUAUCCUGCCUUAUUCCCACUUUACAUGUACAACAGUGACACAUCCAUCUGCAGUAUAGCCUUUUUUUUUCUUUGGUUUUAUUAUGUUUUCAUUUUCGGGUAAAUUAACGACUGAAACUUGAAAAAUUUAAUUCAAGGUGAAUUUGAAUACGAUCCGACCGAUUAAUAAUGUAAAAAUAAUAAAAUGCUGCGUAGUUCCCUAUAUGCAAUAUACAUUAUAUUAUAUAAAGUUAGAACAAGGAAAGGAAAUAUGUGGUGGUCCCUGUCUCUCCGUGAUCCUCUUAGAACAUAUUUUCGCCUGAGUCGAUAAGUGUAUUAUAGUGAUAAGACGUAUUAUACGUGAUAACAAAAUGGUGCCUGUCCGUAGUUAUAUCGACGAAAAUCUAUUAUAAUAUAGCUUAAAUAUGUUUUUUUUUUCCUUAUCUACAGACGACGUAAACUAAAAUGCUUUAUGUACUUGACGUGAUGUAGGUAAUAUAAUAAAUUAUAAUCAGUUGUUAUAUACGUAUUUGAAUGUAAUAAAUGUAAUGUGUUCGAGCAUAGUGUGAUGUUUGAGAUUAUAUUAAUAAUGUUAGUAUAUUAAUGUAUUAUAUUAUAUUGAAAAUAAUAUCGUAUUAUUAUUAUUAUAGGUAUUUCGAUGGCCAAUAUUGUAAUAAAAAUAAAUAUAACGAAAUGAACAAUAUUAAAUUAUAAUACACAUUAUUUUUUUUUCGCGUCCAAACAGCAAUAAAUAUAUAAUAUAAUAUCGCGAUAAAAAUAUUAUAUUUUAUUGCUUUUGAAAAUCUACGGCAAAUCUUAUCAAAAUUUGAAUAUAUAGAACACGUUAUACUACUUAUUUUGCAAUAAUAAAAAAAAAAAAUCUUUUUUAUGAAUAUACGCGAUCGAUCUAGUACGGUUAUUUUUAAUCGCACAUAGAAUCAGUGUACGUCAUAAUAUAAUGCCUUACGCAUAUAUAUAAUUUUAGAGUAUACAAGUAUAGGCCUACAAAAAAAUCCGUUGAAAAUAAUAGUACGUUAUUAUUAUUAUUUUUUUAUAAUAUUUAAUUGCGAAAUUUCGACGGCGCUCGUGCGAUACUACAAUAAUAAUAUAAUAACCAGAAACCGCAAAGAUAAUAAUUUAUGGUUUUGGAUUCUUAGCACGGUAUUAGCGAACGAGCGAUUACGAUUUUACUGAAAUGGUGGUUUUUUUUUUUUUACGGAAAUCUCUUUUUCGGCUGGUAAACGCCAGAAUUAUAAGAACGUAUAAUUCAGUAUAGUUUAAAGUAGAUUUAAUAGUAUUGUACGUCCACACAGUUAUAGGUGCUCAUUGGGGGGGGGGGGCAGGAGAGGGAUAGCCUCCUUGGAAAAUCUAAAAAAAAAAUGAUGUAUACUUUGAAUCAUAUAUAUACAUAUAUGUACAUAAUAUAAUACAUUAUUGUAUUAUGAUCUAAAAAUAAUAAUAAAGUAGCGUAAGAAGUUAAGACGGAAAUAUUAAUCGUUAAAUUAUAUUUAAAUCGAUUAUUAAUUACAAAAUUGUCCAAGUUGUACAAAAUUUUAUACUUGUGGGAUUUACUGUUCUUAGCCGCGACCUAACGUUGAUGUACUCGUAUCAAGCGACGUGUGUUCUUUUAUCCAAAAAAAAAUCGUUAGCUGCUGCAUAUUUUGACCGGUUUCGUCGUGCAUUUAAAUAAGUAUACGUCGAUCGGUUUUUUUUUUUUUAGUGCAACAAGUCCCUUAUUCUAAUAGUAUAUACUCGUAUAACGUUAUAUAAGAGUUUACAAAAUAUCUCCAGCAACAAAAUAUUAUUAUUAUAAUAUAUGCAAGCGCGUUUUACGUGUUUCACUAUAUAUAUACAGAGUAAUUCGUUUGUCACGAACUAUCGCUGCGAUUUUCAGAGAGAUUCGAUUCUGCCCCCCCCCCAGCCGAUACGUGGAAUCAUUUAGGUUUCGUUUUCACACGUUAUUCGCAAUUUGUUUUAUCCCUAUUCCGUUUUUCUUGGAUUUGGUAGGCAUACGCUUUUAGUUUAAAAAAAAAAGUUCGAGUCCCCCGGCCGGUUUUAAAACGCGGAUUCGAGUGGAGAAUAUUAUGAAAAAUGUUGUGGAUUCAAAGAUAGGUCGAUCGCGAGAGCGGGGAAAAAACGAUUUUUCACCGGUUUUAACAUUUUCCCGCGGAGGACUCGUUACCCAGCGCCCGCGCGGGACACGGGUUAUCGUUUAUUAUUGCGCCCUAUAUACAAGGCGACGUCCGUCCGCAGCCGGAUCCCGCGUGUCGCGAAAACCGACCGGCUAACGCCGACUGCAGCCGUGCCUCGGAUCACCCUGUAGAACACGUAUGUUAUUUACGGGCGGAGUAGCGAAAUUUCGGGAAAAUAUUACGUAUACUUCGCGGACGAUAUUUUAUUAUUAUCCGGGCGAUCGGCGCUUCCGGCGAUCCGAUCGUCGUCGGUGUUCGCACGAUUUCGAACUCGCCACACACGCGCGCGCGCGCUCCCGCGAAUAUGUCCUUAUAAUAAUAUGCGCACACGCGUGUAGCCGCAGAGGCUAUUUUAUUUCGUUUUUUUUUUCCUUUCUUCUUUUCGUUUCUUUUCAUUUUUUUUUUUCUGAAAGGACGACGGUGGUGACGAGAACCAGUUGUGUUUUGUUGUCUACAUUAUAAAACGAUACACGCGUACUGCUAGCGCGCCCGUCGGUGCCCGGGUGUCUGUGCCCGCCGCGCGCCAGGCGCACCCAUUGACCGCGCGGCACAGAGAGAAAACCGCCCAAGAUAAAAAAAAAAAAAAAAAAAAAAAAAAAAAAACGCGGCGUGUGCGGAUUUAUAAACACGAUCGUAUAUGUAUACAAAAAAGAAAAAAAAAACUGAAUAAAUAUUAUAAUAAUAAUAAUAAUACUUACGCUAUUAUGUUCUCGAUUUGAAAUCCUGCGAGUACCUAUGUAACACACACACUAGAAUAUUUUUUUCCCGCCCAAUCCGCGUGCAAAUAUUAUUUUAACGCCGUGACACACAUACGGGUACGCGACUUUUAUACGCGAUGUCGUUCUGUCGGGUGUAUACACAGGCUUUCAUGUCGCCAACAACACCGCCCAAUCGUAUCUCAUAUAUAUUGGGUGCACCCUCGAAAUAUCCCAUAUAUUAUUCAUCAUAAUAUUUUAGCAGUGAUUCGAUUCUAAACAGUUUAUUUUGAAAAAAAAAAAUAUUAAAUAAACUUAAAUUACAACACAAGCGCAAUGCAAUUAAUUAUAUACCUGUAUUAUUUUAUUAUAAUAAAAUAUAUUGUACGUUAUCCUUUUUAAAAUAUCUAGUACAAUUGAAUUUUCAUAGAUAUUUGAAAACCGUUACUCGUUUUAACCGCCGGUUUAUAUAUAUAUUUUUUUUUUUUACGUAAAACUAAUCAAACAAAUGUUUCACUGUUUUUGCUCCUUGAAGGCUUAAAUAGUAACAAUAAGUAUAAUAUUAUUUCUUUACAAUAACUCAUUUAAUUUCCCUUGUUCUAUUUGAAAACAUUUGAUUAAUAUACAUAUCGAUACACGAUGAGCACCUAUAACCUAUUAUGCAUACUCUUAUAAACGCGUACGACAUAGCAAAUUUGCGUUUAGUGAGUGCUGUUAGUUUUAAUAUUAGCUAAAGUGAAUUAGCUUAUUAUCAAGACAAGAACAUUAUAUCUGUUCAACUUUGAUACUUUAAUUUUUAAUAGAUAUAAGUAUUUUUAAAUUGAGAUAUUUCACAUAUUGUUUUGAAUUUCACUAUGUUGUUGCAAGCGAAUCGUGUCUUUUUAGCUUUGUACACCCCUUCAGACUCUUCGAAUAAAGUCAGGAAAGUGGUAUUUUGUGUAUGCAUAGCGUCAGUAUCAAGGGGGUGUCUUUUGGUUAUUUCAAUUUUCAACCCCCACCUUUUACCAUUGUUAGGAUUAAAUUUCGCGUUUUUUUUUUUUUUUUAGUAAUAGUUUAUAAGUUUAUGACAACUAAACUAAUCCAAUUUAGCGUAUUUUUAUUGUUGUAAAAAUAUAUAUAAUAUAUUUAUAUAAAGAAUAUUUCAAAUAUUCGACAAAUACAGGGAGAGGGGGAAUAGUAACGGAGCUCUCUGCUGUUCACGAGUGUUAUUUUUUCUUCUUGCGGUUUUUCAAUGGUUUCUUCGUAUACGUUUUUUGCACAACCGUCAUAGGUACGUUUCCGUGCGUUUAUUAUAACGGUGGCGGUAUAUCGUUUAUAAAAUAAACUAUACAUAAUGUAAUGAUGUUAUUCAAACAUAUAUUACGAUUCGAUAAAUAUUAUUAUACAUUCGUAUAUCGGUAUCUCGAAUGAAUUGUUAAUCUAUGUGUAUGUUUACAUAAUAAUUGUGCAGUGUUCUCGAUAAGUAUAUAUACACGAGACUUUAUAACGUGUAUUGCAUAAUGGCGAAUUCUUAAUUCGCUAUAAUAUAUAUAUAUAUCAUCAUAAUAAUUCGUGUUUGUAUCUUUUAUUUUAUUUAUUUAUUAUUCAGUGAGCAUUAUAUUAUGGCACAAUAAUAUUAUAUUCGACCGUAUUCGUUUGCAAUAUUAACAUUUAUUUUACAAUAAUAAUGUACCUAUAUACCAAAGUUAUCACGAUAUUUGUAGGUGUAUUAUCAUAGACACAAAUAUGGAGGAGGGUUUAAACCUCUAAAAUUCAAGCGUAAUCCCUCACUCCCAAGUCAAUUCCUCGUCAAGUAUAUCCUAAAUAUAAUAGGCGUAUAGUAUUUUUGAAAUUAUUUACUAACAUUAUGACAGAUGCUUGAGCGCCUGAAAAUGUAUUUGGGCUUUUUUCGGGCGGAGCUACAAAUGUGUAUCAUAUACCCUAUCACAUUUGACCAGUUUGUUGCUGUAAAUCAAUUAAUAAUUUAAAAUGUAAAUACCGUACUAGGGAAUAUAUUUUGGAGUUUGUUCGAACACCUAAACUCUCCCUACGUUGUUUGCUACCGUUUCACGCCUAUAUAUAUUAUAUUAUAUUGAAUAGGUUUUGCAAUUAUUUUCAGUAAUGUUCACGUGGUGUCAUAGUGCCUACAAUGUUUUAAUAUUUUCCUUCUAUUUUUACAUAUCUCUCAUACUACGAAUACGAUAUUUUUUUUAUUUGGUUACGCAUCACACGAAACAUAACAAUUAUGUAGAUCAGUACAAGUGGCGUAUUUACGGGAAAAUAUUAUUUCCUCCCCUCGCCUUGUUAUAAUACUUUCCGUCUAUUAUUUGUAUAACUAUACUUAUUUUUCAAAUUCAAAUUUCUUUAUUAUUUUUUUUUUUUUAAAUUAAAACCCGGACGUAUGCAUUUUCUUAUUUUAAAUAAAUCCUUUUCGAAUCAUAAUAAUAUAAAGAUGAUUAGAUUAUUAUAUUACUAUUAAUUGAUAAAUAAACUAAUAAUAAUUAUAAAAAAGAGCUGAUACUGGAGAUGGGAGCGGCCACUGUUGUAGGUGAGAAGUUGGGACGGUAGGAUACAUAAGGUUAUUUCAUUUAUCUCUGUAAGCAACGCUAAACUAUUCCUUGACAAAAGACGAUUCCGACCACAGUUGGGUAAUACAUAAAUUUGAAGUGCCGUAAUUUUUCUUCGAUUUUCGUUUAAAUUAGAUUUCAAAACGCUUAUUAAAAAAAAAAGUCCAAUGAUUUUGGAAAUUUUACCACGUCUAGGUAGGUCAAAUACAAGUAUUAUUACCUAAGUUUCAAACCUCUAUGUGUAUUUACAACCGAAUGACAGCAAAAAAAACAGCGAAAAAUAAAUAAAAAAAAAAAAACAGCAUUGUAAAACCAAUAGCUCGGAAUCUAAAAUCAAAAAUUGUUUGAAAAUAUUAGACUUAGUUGGAGUGUAUUUUAAGUUUAUUUGUUCGUAAACUACAAAGUUUCGGUAUUUUACCAUCUUCGGGUUACUGAUAACAAUGUUUUUGGUUUGAUUACAUAUUAAUACAAACUAAUUAAAAUUUAAACAUAUACAUUAAAAUGAAAUUUAAGAAAGUUUUCAGGCCUGCUCGCUUUCUCUUGUACCCAGAAUGCAACCCCUUAAAGCUCGCCAACACUUAAAAUCGCGUUGUAUUAUAUCCGUGGUUUUAUACUUGGAAACCGGCAAGACACAGAUAAAGUACAAAGGGGAAUCAUAUGAGUGACCCAGGGGUACACGAUAUUUUUUUUUAUCGAUUUCAGUUUUCGAAUAAUGAUGAUUGUUUCGUGUAAUGCUUACGUCAUUUCAGUUAUGAAAAAAUUCGUUUUUACCACUGUAGUUUAUAAUUCUAUACAUUAAUGCAAAGAAAAAAAAAAUCCAAAUAUUAUAUGAAUAUUUUAUAACAGGUGGCCGUGUAGAUAUUUGUAUUAAUAUAAUAUUGUACAACUGUGCGUCCGUCCGAAUAGCAACCACGAACGAUAUUUUGGCAACUGUGUACACACUACGAAUCGCCGUGUAACAACUAACAUGUGGUUUUUCGCUAAGUAUAAUAUUAUUAAAUGUUAUAUUAUGUUAUGCACCGCCCCAUAGCUCUUGACUCAUUCGAGUGAAUUUGUCAUUUAUUAUGUUUUUUCCGUAUGAACAAAGUCGUUUAAAAUAAUAUUAUUACAGUUUAUAAAAUUGAAACGAUCGUAGGAGAUCGAAAAAUAAACUUGGUAGCCAUAGUAGCCCAGGUGCCCAGCUGCGUGCUGCGUACGUAUUUAUUUAAUCGUGUGAUGUGCGACCUUUAAAAUGACAAAUUAUCAUGAGUACAAAAAAACGAGGGAGGCUGAUAUUGUUUACGGGUAGGUCCUUUUUUUCAGUGGGAAGGUAGGAUACAUAUUAUAGAGUUUUUAUAUCCGUAUAUAACGAUCAUUUAUUGCUAACGAAAACAGAUUUUAAGCGAAGUUCGGUUUAAACACGUUUUAAAAUACUAGGAUUUAAAAAAUAAAUUACUAUAUAUUACGUUCAACUUUUUGUUUAUGGUUUUCUCAGGAUUUCUAAACUAAAAGAAAAAUAGAAAAAAUAAUUGUUUGCUUAUAAACAUACAAAACAAAAACAUCAUAAUAAGAAUCUAACGAAUGAUAGUCUUAUUAUAUUUCAAAUUAUCUUUAAUAAUAGGUUAUAUAUCUCCUUCGCUUUUAUCCCAACUAUUUGGGGUUGGCUCAAAUAUAUCCAUAACAUAAUAGGACAAAAUGUUAUUAUACUUACAUUUCGUGACGACUGGAUUAACGUCGACUUACCGAAACGAUGUACACAAUGCAAUAUUUUAUAUGGAAAACAAAUUAUGUUAUUUUGAUAAAUUGUCGAUAUAUAUGUAAAAAAAAAACUUUGAAUGACAAUGCUCUACCUUAAUGACGUAUUAUUUAUAUUGGGUACAACAUCUGGUUAGUAAUUUUAUAUCGAAAUCAAUACACAAUGCGAAUAUGAUUGCAAAUGUAAUAUUUCAUAUCCCUAUACUGCACUUUAUCGACAUCAUAAUAUAUAAUAAAUACCGGUCAAAAUACAAUCUUUAGUCGCAAUUGCAUAUUUGAUCAAGUUGUAUCGAUCUGAAAAUCCGAGCGUUGUGAUAAUAAUAAUAUCGAUUGUACAUAACGGUAUUUAUUAUAAUAUAUUGUUAUUCAAACAAUUUUAGUAGAGGCCGUUUGAGCCCCAUUUAGCUGUGAAACAAAUGUCCUUUCAUUCCUCUAUGUUUUAAGCUAUUUAAAUUAAAAUAUUACCUAUUACAAUAGUUGUGUUGAUUGUGAACCAGUUUACGAUACCGUUACAAAAAAUUGAGUAGUGAACUGCAAGAAGAAAUGGGUUUAGCACCAAUUACCAGCAUCAUUGUAAAGAGUCAAAGAAUUUAGUAGGCAAUUGAAACAUAUACAAAAGAGAAUAGGUGGAAAUGAGCUACGGAGCAAUAUAGCAGUAUUGGAGUUGAUAGAAAACGGAAGGGAAAAAAUAAUUGGUUGAAAUUCCUAAUACUUUUACAAAAUGGUUUUUAUAGGGUUUUUUUAAGAACAUUUUUUAAUUCGAAUUUUUUUCACACGGUAUUUCAUAAGAUACGAAAUUUCUGCCUACUUUAUUUGAAACAUUUGUCGACACUUUCAACAGUUCACCCUUAUAGGUCUUUUCUUUUCUAGGAAAAUACUCUUUCGGUUAUUAAGCUUUCUUAUUUUAGUUCUAAAUUAUUCGUAUUAGUACAUUAAAAGAUGGGGAUUUUUCGCCUGGCAGUGAAUUGUUUGAAAACAAUGUUUAGCUUUCCAAUAGUUUUUUCUAUACAAUUUAAAAAAAAACUAACAUUUGUCGAUACAUCGGUUUUAUUUUUAUUACAUUACUAUAAAACAUGACUAAUAUUAUUUAGUUCAGAAUCGUUUUUUCAUUUGCAAUGUUUUUUAGUUGCAUAUAUUAUAUCUCUGUGUAUCCGACCUUCUCUACUACUCGUCUACAAUAGUAGUCUACCUAUAAGCAGCAUCAACUUAAUUAAAUAAUUACCUAAUUUAUUAUUUAAAUUUGCGCUACGUUAAUAUUAUGUUAUGUUAUUUUUUUAAAUAAUUUUCUACCUAUGAUAAUUGAGUGCUUUUAAAAAAUAGAAUGUUUUUCGAUGAUUUGUCAAUAGUGUAUAGCAACCAAUUAUUGUUUGUUGUCGAUCAAUUAUCGAGGUUUAAGACAAUUAUAGACAUCAGUAUUAUGAUGUGUUAUCAUGAUUCUUUCUUACUUUUAUCAAUCCAUCUCAGCUUUGGGUUUUCUCUAGGUCUCUUUCCUCAAGAAGUCUAAUUGUAGGACAUAAUUUAUUAUAUUAAUUCGAUGGACCUUAUUAAGUGACCGAUGAGUCAAUUCGGUCUCUUGUAUCGAAUUUCAGCCUCUAUAAAGUAUAUAUUUUGUUCUUUAAAUAAUUCUUUGACUACUUUAUUCAGGAUAAUCUUGUAUACCUCAUACAUUUGCGUCUCUUCAGUUUUUUUAAGGCUCAUUUUGGAUUCUUCUCGGGAAUUUGUCCGUGGAAAUUUAUUUUUCACGUCCUAAUAAUUUAUUUAAAUAAUCCUCUUUAGAAUCUUUGAAUUAAAUGUAAGUUAUUAAUAUUAUAGUACUUUAAAUGUUAAUUUGAGUCUGAGAACCACUUGUCCCGCGGCUGUUUUUGUAUACUUACUAUUAAUUUAAACGGUUCUAUUUUUUUUUUUUUUUUUUUUUUUUUUUAUAUAAAUAUAGGGACUUUGACUCAUUUACAUAUUACACUUAUAUCUCGUAUUCUUUUGAUGAAAGCUCGUUUUCUUUACAAGUAAAAAAUUCGUUUAAAGAGCCAUGCUGUUUUCCCGUGACAAUUAUUAUUUUUAUGUUUUUUCAUAACCUUAUAUUGACUUGUUAUUGUCGCACGAUAUUAUAAUUAUUAUAUUAUAUUAUUAUUUUCUUAGCCACCAGCUCCAUAGUGCAGUAGUUACGUAACAAUAACCGGAGUAUUCCGGCGACAAUAUUACAAUAAUAACAAUACAAUGCCGAUAACAACAUCGAAAAAAAAAUAACAAAAUAAAUCAACAAAUAUUUUAUCUUAAUACGAACAAAUAUUACUAUAAUAUGCUCUCAAUAAAAAUCUAUACGUCUCUGUAGGUAUACGUUGUAUAAGUGAAGUAAUUUUUUUUGGGGUAAAUCUCGAACCGUGUUUACCGGGUCACCAUACUAUAUUAUAUUAUAUUAUAUAAAUAAACAUUUAAAAAACAAACGGACAUACUUUGCACGAUGGGUGAGUCACUGUUGUAGGUGAACUCGGGAAGGUAGAAAGAAAAUUCAACGUAUAUCUACAUUUACACGUAACGAUUAACUAUUGUUAGUGAAAAACAAUUCUGAACAGAGUUCGGUUAGGUUAGGUAAUAAUAAUAAUAAUAAUAAUAUUGUUUGUGUGCACAAGAGUACUACUACUUGACGUACGAAUGUUUGCGUGCGCGAAUAUAUCGAAGGAGUGUCUCGUGUUUUUGUACGCGCGCAGGUAUGCGUAUAUUAUAAUAUUAUAUAGAAACCGGCCGCCGCCGAGAGCAGCUCACAGGCAGGCAGGGCCACCACACCCGGCAAUUUAUCAACGGGCCAAAUUCGUGUCGUACACGAUACGAUGGUUUCUAUUUAUAGUUUUCGAGAUUCCCAAUACGUACACGGCGAGCGAUGUUCCCGCGAGCGUAUUAACAGAAUCUAUCCGAGUUGGGCUCCGGUUGAAACGUAACCGACUCGGUUUUAGGAGGUUUUGUAGUUUUACGAAAUGCACAACGUGUAUAUGUAUUUAUUUUUGCCAACGUGAGACCCGCCAAGUCUUUUGGACAGCAGGUUAUAAUACAAUCAAACGAAUAACACCAGUACGUGAUAUCAGAGUAAUUCUGUCUUCCGAAAUAUCAUUCAGUGAUCGUUUUUUAAUGAAAUAAUGGUUCGAAGAAGUUGUAUUGAGAGAAUUCGUGGAGAGUUCACAAAUGUUAAAUGUUUUGUGAUUAUAAUAAUAUGUGGUUUCGAUCAAAUCCAUUCUUGAGUUUGGCAAUAUAGUUUAAAACAUGUUAACCCUGUUAACAUGGGCUGAUUAAUAAACUUUAGAGAGUACGGAAAAGGUUCGCAAGAAUAGCGGAGCGCAAUAUUAGUAUGACAGGGCAAUCUUCUGAAGUAAUUUUAAACUAUUGGGACUUGUUCCAACGUCGCAAUUACCUUGACUUGGGCAAGUUACUUCUAGGACACGUUAUCUAUCCUAAUUUCCUGGUCCGUAGAUUUUUUAAGAAACCAAUAUUUAAUUUAGGAAAUAGACCUAUUUUAGAAGUACCUUUCAUGAAAUCAGAUCUAAUUGUAUACAAAAUAACGCAUUCUUAGGGAAUGAUCAUAUUUAUCAACAUAAUGAUAAUACCACUCAGAGACUGUAUUUAUAUUUAGUCUAGUAUUAAUUUAAUUGUAAUUGUAACUUUAAGGUUUCAUUUAAAAUGUCUAUUUACCCCGUUAGAAUGUUUAAAUUAGUUUUAAAUAAUCUGUAGGUAAUUCUAUACCAUUUAGAUAAUUUCCCUUUUGACAAGACAGUAGAGUAGUUUAGUUAACACGGCUGCGUUGAGUCGUAAUCGGUGGAAUCCACAUUGGAAUGUGACCACGUGGAAGGAUUACAUCUCACGCAUGCCUACCCGUUCUGUUCGUCGUUUUUUUAGCUUCCGACGUAAAAUAAAAUCCGAUGACUCAAAGAAAUAUUAUGUCGCGUGUGAUGCGUGGGCUCGGGUCGCGUGUUCCUCUUAAAAAAACAUUUACAUAUGUAUAUUCUACCGUAAAUAAUGAAAUAAUGAACCGUUUUAUGUAUUUUGUUAAUCCGUAAUCGUUUCGGUCGGUCGAUUUUUUUUUUAUUGAACUUAUAGUCCAAAUAGAAUGUGUACAACCGGUAUUCGGACGUUGCUUUCGGCGUUUGAUCCCGAAUAUAACGAUCGAUUUUCUCCAAAAUCAAAGAUACUGUGUGGCGAUAUUCUGUAUAUACAACAACGCGUUCAAAUUAUAUCAUUGUAAUUUCGUUGCGAAAACAAUUCAGGGCCUAUUUUGUGUAUAAUAUGAAAUGCAAUGUGUGUAACCCGAAACUAUAACAUGUUAUGACCAAUGCUCGAAAUUAAGCAUUUAAAUUCCGCGAAAGCUCAAAAUCAUGAAAAUACCACUUAAAAAUAUUUUUUAAAAGUCCCCAUUUUAAUGGCUCUAAUUUAUCAAUUAAAUUGUCUAACACUACAAAAUGACUAACACAAAGUAAUUUUUUUAAAUAAAAUAGUAGGUACCCACCUACGUUUUAUAAAAACUGUGUAAUUUAUGUUAAUCAAUUUUGUAGUGGUAGACAAUUAAUUUAAUAAGUUAGGGCUGUAAGAAGGGGACAUUUUAAACUCUUCUACCCUUUUUACUUCAAGUGCUUUUUCCUGGGAUUUUUAAGAUUUUUAAGUGAUUUUUGUGUGGAUUUUAGGUGCUAUAAUUCCCCGUUUAUGAUUAAACUUAAUUUAUAGCAAUUAUUCAAGCACUCAAAAUUUUUAAAAAAAAUGUUCUUAAUCUUUGAUGAUUUUACUGUAAACUUUGCCGACCAUAACUUAACCAUUAAUAUCGGUUAAUGUUAUUACUGACAAUGUUUAUAUGUUUUAUUACAAACAGCGAUUAUAGUUAUAGUGAAACGUUGAAAUUUAAAACAGAUAAAAUAUUAACAUUUUACUUAAUUGUUUUUUUUUUUUUUUUAUAUAUAUUAAACUUUAAGUGAAACAUGUGAUGAUAUUCAAAAAAGAUGAUGCAUUUCCCACUUUUACUGCUUAAUAAUAGUAAAAUCUGAGAAAGUAAAUUACGUUUUGGGGCUGAAUAAGGAUGUGGGAGAUGAAGUCCCCCACGGAUCUGCUUGUCCAGAAAUAAAAACGCGCAGUACGACAUAUGACAAAAAAUAGGUCCUGGAUCACAACAAAUGCAUUUCUAUACGAGAAAACAACUAAAUGGUAUUUAAUAUGACGGACUGUUGGUUUUAUGCUAUAAAGAACUAUAUUCAUUUUAUAAUUAAUUUUAUAUUUAUAUGUAUAUAUAUACAUAUUAUAGUAAAUAAAAUCCAUGGGAAAAAAUCGCCAUCAUUGUCGGAUUGUCGUCUAAAAUUCUGAACACAUUUUUUUGGGAAGAUAGCUUACUGUAAAGUUCGUUGCGUUCACGCAUAAAUCACCGUUUUUAAUAUAUUAUCUAAAUUAAGAUAUUAAAAAAAAAAAAAAACAACCUACUGUGUCUAAUUUAUAUAGUUUUUGACAUUUUACUCCACGCGAUGUCGUUUAAAACAUCUGUACGAUAUUUUUUUAUAUUUAUACAUUUAUAUUGGUACGAGUCAGUAAAAUGUAAGCAUAUUCAUUUCUUUUCCAUCAUAGUCUUCGAAAUCAUUGUUCAUACAACUUUUCACUUGUAUUAUUUUAAAAAUCCUUUUUUACUGAAUAUUUUUUAACGUUUUUGUAAAAAUGCUUCGAACUAGAGCGAACGAGAAUGAUCUGUAUCAUUUGUAUCAAAAGCAUAGUAUUUGAGCGUUUUUCACCGGAAGUAAAACUAUUACACUAACUGGCAAUGAUUACGGGAAAAAUUUAAUGGAGAGCAUCCAAAGACCACCCCCCCCCCUAACAAAACUGGAUGGAUAUACGCCAAUGAAAGACCUGUAAAAUACGUACUCAAGGAACGAAGAUGAAGAGAGUUUAUAAUUGCUAGGAAAGAUGGCGUAAAAUAGCAAAAUCAGCGAAGGCUUUAAAAUUUACUAAAUCAAAAACUUCCAACAGAAAAAGAAAAUGUUUUUGAUGGGACUUUCGUUUCUCAUCGCGGAAAUUUUAAUUUCCAUUAAUAUUACGAGUAUAUAUGGAUCUGCUGCACCUUUGUAGAGCUUCUUCGAUGUCAUUUAUAUUCGAAUAAAAUCCUGUUUCGACCACUGUGUUUUCACUUUUAUUUUCGUUUCCCAACAUUUGCAGUUAUACGCGUUCGGUAAUGACUAUAUAUCGAGUAUAUUAUAUUGUCGUUCUAAACACAAAUUAUCGUUUUUGUAUAUUCAAUAUAUAGGUAUAUGGAUUGCUUUCGGGCUGACCGGCUACGGGUCUUUGAACAGAAUAAUAUGCACUCCUGAGUCGUGUAGCGUAUACUCUAUAAUACUGUACAGUACUCGUAAAAUAAUAACCUUCUCUCGCACUGUUUAAACGAUACAAACAGACCGCUAAUAAUAAUUAUGAUUAUGAACUCUUGUGUCGGACAUUGAAAUAUUAUUUAAAAGAAAUCGAUUCGAAAGCGACCCGAAUACAUACCGGGUAUUGUGUUUUAUUCGGUAAACACCGCAGAAAUGCUAACACAUAGUAGUAUAAUAUAUACGUGAUGUAACGUUCGUUGGACAAAUUACCCACAAAAAGGGCGAUUUUAUUAUUCGAGCUGUGUCAACAAAACGUCUUAAUAAUUUAUCCGCUGGGGGACAACAAAACGUGUACCGAAUGAAUUUCCUUGGGCUUACAAAAAAAAAAAAAACUUGAGGUGCGUUGUCCUAGUGUGUAGAAUUCCGAAAAUAUAUGAUAUUUGGAAUUGGGUAUAUGCUUGACAUUUCAUUUACGAUGUUAAAUUUAUGUAUUUCCCCCCCCCCUCCCAAUAAUGAGUAAUAUUGAGUAAAAAUGACACCGCUACCUGUCUAAAGAAUAUUUUAGUAGAAAAUUGUCACGCAUAAUUCGUGAUUUUUUUUUUAACUUUGUACUUGAAUAACACCGAUGUCGACAGCGGCUGCAAAGUUUCGUUUUCCUUUUUAUAAUGCGGAUUUUGUUAUUUAAAUCAGUAGUUUUUAUCUUUAGGUACGGCGUAUUCGUGUAGACUGCGAGAAAAGUAAUUUAAUGGUAUUUUCACUUUGACUCGGUCGGGACUUUUUGUUUGGAGAUUUCAAAAUGUCAUUGAAAUUUUUUAUUUUUAGUUUUGAAAAUAAACCACGCUACUCGAACAUAAUAUAGUAUUGUAACCGACCAAGUCAAUUACGACUACAAAAAUAAUAUUAAAUUAAAUCAUAAAUCUUAUUGGUCAUAAUAUUAUUUUAUUAUAAUAAUAAUUUUACUAAUAAUUCGAUUUCAUCAUUAUUCAAUAUUAAUAUUCAUUAUAAAUAAUGAUGAAGCGUUAAACUAACAAGAAAUUUACAUUAAUAAUUAAACAGUUAUUAAUUUCUAGAACGAUGAGGUGACGAUAAAGAACAAGAAAAUAAUAAAAAAAACGGUUAGAUGUUUUGGAAAUUGUAACUGUUUUUCAAUCCCUAAAAUUGUUGCUGAUUUUCCGUCUGUUGGUACUAUUUGUUUUGAUAAUUUUUCUGAAUUCCUAAACAUAUUUUUUUUAAAACUGACGACAAAUAACAUUCCCUUGUGUUUUAUUUUUGUCUAUUUCUUGGUUAACUUGGAGGUAAGAUGAAAAUCACUAUCCACACCCUUAUCAGUUUACCGAACUAACCUAACUAACCUAACCUAACCUAACCUAACCUAACCGAAUUUCCAAAUUAUACUAUAAUAACAAGCCUACCCAUGGUGAAACUUAUUCGGCUUUUUUAUUUCCUGGUUCUCUUCAUCAUUGAUCAUUAAGUAUUCAUACAUUAUUAUUUUAAAUGCUAAUCUUAAUCGUAUUUCAGAUUUCAACAAAACAAAGAAUGUAUUUGUUCUUUCAUUAAUAAAACUUUUUUUUGUCACUUAAUAAAAUAGUGUGCGAUUGUAUAUUGAACAUUCCUUAUUAUAAUGUUGCGGUAAAAACUUUGUCAGCCUGCCUGAUUGCCUACCGACCGGGCAAAAAAAAACCGCGUGUAUUUAAUUAUUAUUGUAUAACUAUACUGACAAUAAUUGCUCAUUUGUUAUACUAUGUUGAAUUGCGAAGUUAACGUUUUACGUAUAAUGUUAUUUUCAAUCUUCGAUGUCGACUCUGGUUUUCUGCUGCAAAAAGGUGGGCGAGUAAUACGAAAUAUAUUAUUUGGAUUUCUUUCUCUUUUCUCUCUCUCUCGUUAGCAUCAUAUUAUUGUUAUUAUUAUUAUUAAGUAUCGUUUAUGAACGGAGUGUGCGACUACCGUAACCAUGUAUAGCUACGUGGUGUAAAUGUGUAGGCGAGAUAAAAGGAUAUUUGGUUUUUUCUCGUGUAACGAACACGAAGUUAUAAUAAUAGUUAUAUAUUCAUGUCGGUUAGGUCGUAAGUGUUAGAACUUAUAAUGAAAUAUGUUUUUCGCGGGGCCUAAUACGGAGGUUCCAUAUGCGAAUUAUUAGGUACCUAUACACAAUGCGCUUAAUACGAGCGUUCGCCAUUUCACCAAAUAAUAAUAUUAUACCAUUGAUUUUAUAAUAAUAUACAAGAUAAACCGUGUUAUACGAAAUAGUGGCAACAUUUGGAAACCGGUUAUCUAUUGAGCGACGGUAUAGACCUUAUGAUGAGGUACACCACUGAUUGUCGCAAGCCGAAAAUUGUUUCCAAAUCGUCUCCUCGUUUGGCUUAUCUGUAUAAUAUUAUAAAAACGUUGAUUAUAUAUUAAUGCGAAAGAGUUAUACAGACACCAUUUCAUUAUUGUUCGUUUUGGCAAUAGUUACAAUUUUUUUUUUUUUACCAAAAAUUAACUUUUUAUUUUAUACCCGCACGUGGCACGUCAGAUCAUUCAGCAUAUGAUUAUGUUUAACCGACAUUUUAUUUUCGUCGUAGUGACCACGAUAGUGACACGAGUGUUUUAUACUAUUAUGUAUAUUAUUAUUAUUAUUAUUAUAGAGUUGUUAUAUAGCUGAAACGGAUGUACUUAUAUAACAACAAACGCAGUGUUCGAAUUUAAAAUACGAUAACGAGUAUAAUAGUAUGUAACGCGACAAUACAAUAAUAUUAAAAUAUGAUUCAUCAUCACACUCAAAAUUAUUAUAUACGAGAUUCUCCGAGUGGAUCUAUAUACAUAUACAAUAUAAUAAUAUUAUUAUUUUUAUCACCGAAUCACGUUCAAAUAUCGCGUUUAGAACUCCAAUAUCCAAAAUAAUCGGCAAAUGACCUUAUAUAUAAACGGAUUAAUGUGCGUUCCCUAUAUUUUCUGAUAUCUAUGCGUUAUGAAUUAAUGGUUUUAGAAAUUUAAUGUUGAGCUUUAGUGGACCUUUGGGAAGGAAGACAAGUUAAUUUCUUGUGAUUUUUCCGCGAAAUAAAAACUAAAUUACGAAUAAUUUAGUCCGUAAUUACAAUUGGUUUGAUAACCUAUAUAAUUACGUUUGAAGAUUAUCGUUUUUUACACAUAUAUAUUCGUGUACUUAUAAACAUGGAAUAAAAAGCAUUUUACUAUAUUUUUUCUUCCAAAAAGGAGUACUAUUUGAACUUGGGACGCAGUUUCUCGUUCUAUAUGCUCAAUUCAGUUAUGUCAAUAGCAAAUAUCGUAAUAUUAUAUUCUCACCUUCUCUUCUUAUUAUUCCACUGUGGUUUUCGAUCUUUUAAUGGGUUGACUGAUGCAGCUUUUCGUGCUUCUCUAUAUCAAAAUACUCAAUUCCUUAAACUUUUCAUAACCACUUAAUAAUUUGCGGUUUAUAAUAUUAUUAUUCCGUACUUGGCGUUCCUCUUCUGAUUUUACUUUCUGCGUAACCAUUAAUGGCCAAUUUCAACUAACUAUCAUAACAUAUAUUAUAGUAUACUCGUAUGUGACCUAUCAUUUCUGUUUUUUUUUUUUUUUUAAACUUCCGUUUAAAUCUGGCAAUAUAUGUAUCCAAUUGAGUCAAAAUGAUUGUCUAUAAAAAACAAAUUAAGCUAUAUAUACUGCGUACGUAUUUCCAGUAUUGUAUACGUAUUUUACCUGAAAAUGUAUGGUCCCGUCUAUAACCUUGGCACUCAAGUGUGGUAUGAUGUAUGUAGUUGUGGUCAAAAGGAACACAGUAGAAUUAAGAUCGAAUUAGCGCGGGGACCUAAACCAUGCGUCUAAUAGGGAAGAGUGUAAAAAAAUGGUUUUAGCAGCAAAUAUGGUCUAUGCUAUUUAUGUAUAGUCUAUGCUGGUAUAAGCUAUGGUGUUCUAUAAUAUUUCUACAAAAAAUUUAAUUUCCUUAAUAUUAUUCUUCUUAUAACGUUUUCGUUUAUUAAUCACUUUGUGUGUUACUCUUGUCCACAAAAGUCUUAAAAAAAUGUAUUAAGAUUUGUACGUCAGGAUGUGUCACAAUAGUUUAAACGCAUUUUUAUCAUAGAACACCAUUUAAUAACGUAUAAUAUUUUAACCACGGAUUUAUUACAAUAGGACCGCGCAUAACGUAAAAGUUAAUAGGCCACUUCGCGCCAUCCGUUGCUGCCAUCAUCGCGUCGUUCGAAUAGAACUAAUAACCACCGACAAAGUGAAAUCCUUGCGUUACAUAUUAUGUAUAUUAUUAUUAUGGCGAGUAUGAGCGUUUAAAAAAUUACAAAUAAUUAUAAUAUCUUAUACUUACCUAAUUGGCAUAUUUUUCAGAGUUCAUCAAACUGUAGGUGUACGAGUAAUAUUAUAUAGACAUUAGACAUACAAAUAGAUAUUUCGUCUCCAAAGCAAAUUUUCAUAAUAAUUAUUAUUAUUAUGAUUUGUGUAUACGUGUAUCAUUACUAUACUUUUCUAAAAAUAAAAACGAAAAGGUAUUUUUUUAUUAUUAUUAUUCUAUACAAAUAUUUAAAAAAUGAUUGUAUAAAAAAAAAUUAACGUUACAUAGUACAACAAUAUUAUUAUAAUAUUAUAUUAUGAGUGUACUAACAAUAAUUAUUAUAGUAUUUUUUUUUUAUCGUGUAAUAUUAUAAUAAUAUAUCACUGCGCGUGUAAUCUCAAGGUAAAACACCGAUAAUUCGGAAUUUGCUUUGAGCUUCCAAAGAAACCAAACGUUGGUAUAAUACCUUAUCGUCUAUACUCUAUAGGUAUUUGAUAUUUUCAAACAAUUUAAAUCUGUUUCUGUCGUGAUGUUGGUGUGUAUCGAAUGUCAUAUUUUAAACAAUACGUUACACAAAAAUAUUAUAUUCAUUGUACUAGACGAGUGAGCUAAAAAUCUGGUCCGCCAUUUUAAUGAGAAUUAUAGGUCUCUUUAUGUCUCUGUAUAAUGUAAUACUAUAAUUUAUUAAUAGCAAAUAUAUUAUAAUGUAUAGUGUACAUAAUAUACGCAAUAAGGACAAAAUGAGAUAGUGAGAAAAUUCAAAUUCUCACAAAUAUGGCGGAAAAUGGUUGUUUCAAUAUUAUAUUAUUAUGAUAGUUAAUCAUUUCAUUGUUAUCAUUGAUGGUACUUUUGGAAACUGAAAUUUUAAUAUAGGCCAAUAUAGUUGUUUUUUAGCCUCCUCCUGACUUUAGUCGUUUUAGUCUAGAGAAAUGACAUGUUAGGGUAUAUACUGAUGUCCGUGAUGUAUAUACUCGAGCUUUUAAAACCUAUAAAAUAAACUGUUGUGUAAAAACAAACUCGUUGUUUCUUUACCGUAAUUGUUCAAAAUCAAAGCCUGUUUCAGUAGACUCGGGGAAAGACGUCGGUUUACGAAAUCAACUGCAGUUACUGAAAAAUUCCUUUUCGUUUAUUUUGAUUACUCAAAUAGCAUUAAAAAAAAACCUCCCUAAUAUAUAAUAAUAAAAUCCUCUUAUUAACAAUAUUCGUGUUAAAUCAUACCAUUUUUUUCUUUAAGUUUGAAUGCAUAAAAUAAAAAUCGACUAUAAAAAGAUUAUCACUACUGUAAAUCUAAAUUAUACUUUGAGCGAUGGGAUCAAAAUUUCUUCUACAACCCAUCUCAAACAUUUUUACUAAAUCCCUUCUCUAUCCAUUGCAUUUUCCUUUCAGUUUAAACCACUGUCGAGUAAUCAAAUUUCUUUUUUAUUUAUGUAAAUUAUAAAAAUAAAUACAAUUUUCAUAGUAAGUUAUCAAAACAGACAUAUUUUCUGUAUUUAUAGGCAUAUGUGAUUUUCAUAAAGUAUUUUUAUUAAAAUUAUUAUUGGCUGUGUAUAAAUUUCUAAUUAUAAUAUUUUAAUUUUCGAAUUGGUACAAUGCAUAAUAAUUAUUGAAAUAUUUAAUAUUAUAAUUUGGUUUUAAUUGUUCUAGGUCAUCGCGCGGUUAUUUAUAAAGCAAACGAUUAUUCUAUAGAAUAUUAUCUUCUGUAUAAUAUUAUAAUACCUCUAGUUAGUAAUCGAUUGUACUAUUUUUAAAGUCUAUCGAUUGCCAUGUGCAUUCUAUAAUAUAAUAAUAAUUUAUUAUUAUUAUUCCUUUUGAUAGGUGGCAAUUAUUAUUAUUUUUAUUUUUAUUGUAACAAAAAUCUUAAUACAUUAAAAUUAUUUACGAUAAGUACAAAUGGUUUCUUACAAUGUUCGUCAUCUGCCUGCAUCUUUGAGCAAUGUGCUUUUGUUUAUGUUACAUGUUGAAUAAAUGUCACAAAACUGUAAGAUUUGUAAACGAUUUUUCAAGAUUCCCUGUUUUUGAGUGUACAAUUUGUCUUAUAUAGGAAUAUGCACUGAGUUAAAGUAUUCGGGUCUAGAUAAUAUACGCACUAGUUACCUAAGGAUUUACGUGAAUAAGAACUUUUAAUGAUCACCCUCUCAAGUCAAUAAAGUCAAACUCAUUCAAUGGGCCAAUGAUUUAAAACGUUUUUUUUUUAAAAAAAAAAAGUUGGUAGACCUAGUAUUUUUCGAUUAAAUUUCUGAAUUUUAUUAUGAUGCAAUAGUCUACUUCUGCUCCCACUAACCUCCACUCGUUUAAAAAACUUGUAGGUAUGUUUAUUAUUAUUGUAAUGAUAUAUAUCUAUAAACGUGUAUAAAAAAUUUAUUGAACAAAAAAUUAUUCUGAUUUUACCAGUAAACUUUAUUAUGUUUUCGUUUAUUAAAAAAAUAAAAAUCUUGAUAAUUUUGAUCCAAUCACUCAAAGUACCUACACAGUAUUGUAUAAUUUAGAUUUCCUGUAGUGAUAACGUUUUUCUAGAUAAUCGAUUUUUUUUUUAUGUUCAAGCUUUAAACGAAUCGCAUUAUUUUAGUACACCUAUUUAAACGCGAAUAUUGUUACUAAUUUUUAAUUUAUUCAGUGUCUUUAUUAUUAAAAUAUUACAACACAGUAGUAUAUUAUUAAAUAUUAUAUUAUAAUGUAAUUUAUUAUAGUUGUGUUUUUUCUCUUAUUGUCAAGAUGACCCAAAAAUUAGCAAAACUGUAUCUAGGAGGUGAACUGCUUGCAAUUUGAUUAAAUGUUUUAAAUAAAUUAUCCUCAGGAAGAAAUUCCUUUUGGGAUACUGCGCGAAAUAAUUUUUUUUUUGGUAAGGAAAAUCCUAACCAACAAGUUUUAAAAAUAUAUAUAAAAAUAGCAAUUUUUUGAAAAAAGUAUUGGAAAUAUCAAAACAAGUUUUAUUAAAGUACUAUCAGAUGAAAUAUCAACAUUUUUGUUAAACUAAUAAUUUCUUUGUUACACUCGUAAUUUAAAACAAAACAAAAAAAUAAUAUUUCAACAGAAAAAAAUGCUUUAAAUUAAUAGUAUAAUAAAUUCGUCACCAAAGAAGAAGUACAGGGGUGUGAAUAUAAUUUUCACACAGCGUUUACAUUACUUUUUAUUUGUUCAAUUCGUUAUUAGAGUUAUAUUUUUAAAGCUAUCUUGUCGUUUUACCAUUUUGAUGAAAUAAAAAAAACUACAAAUACUCCGCGUGACGUAUUUAGAAAAAUAAUUGCCUUCUACAGUCGAUUACCUAAUUAAAUAAUAAAGUAUAUAAUAAUAAUUGUUGUACGUUUAAAACGAAAACUAAUUACUUAAAGCUAAUAUAAUACUAUAAUAGAAUUGUAUUUUCUGUUUUUCAUAAAUCUAGUUUAAAUUAAAUAAAUAUAAUGGGAAAAUGUUGUAAUAUAUGUGAAUCAAUAAGAAACGAUUUCAAUUCAAUUUAAAAUCGACUUCUUCAUUCGAGUUUAUUUUAUUAAUUUAUUUCUAUUGUACAAAAAAAAAAAAUUCGAUACUGAUAAUGUCUAUGUAUUAUAUUCUAUAUUUCCAUUAUAUGAGUUAUGGAGGUUUAUUAGUGAAGCGACCAGAACACCUUAUUUAUUUAUGAAAAAAUUCGUAAUCGACUAAUUUUAAAUGACUACAAAAUUGUUAUUGAAAUAAACAAAAUAAAUAUUUCAAUUUUUUUUUUUUUAAAUUCGGAAAGUAACGAAAGGCAUCCAUUGGUUUUAUAAUGAUGGUUUUUAUUAUUAUUAUUA